CAGGGAGGUGAGUUGGGUUUGGGGGAUCUCAGAGGGGUUCGGGGCAUCCUGUCUGGAUUUGGGGGCUCCCCCAUCGCCCCCCAGUGACCCCCCUGCCCCCCUUAUCCCAGCACAGCCCCCCCCCCCCGGAGAUGCCGCUGGAAAAGGGGCCCCGCCGCCGGCACUGGGACCAGUUUGGGGCCUGGGAACGACACUGGUCCCAGUACCAGGACCCCGACUGGGACCCCCCGGAGUCUCUCCCGCCCCCCCCCGGCGUCAGCCCCUCGGAAUUCCGGGAUUUCUGGGCCUUCCUCCAGCGGUUCCGGCGCCUCCGCAAACCCCCCCCCUCAAAGGACCCCCCCAAAUCUGGGGGGCCCCAAAACCCCCUGGGGCUGCCCCCCCACUACGACCCCCGGCUCCGCAUCAACCUGGCGCUGCUGGAGGGGGGGGACCCCCCAAAACACCGGAGAGGGGACCCCGAGGACUUUGGGGAACCCCCAGAACACCGGAGAGGGGACCCCGAGGACUUUGGGGACCCCACAGAACACCGGAGAAGGGACCCCAAGGACCCCCCAAAAAGCCGUCGAGGUGACCCCGGGGACCCUGGAGACUUUGGGGACUCCCCAAAACGCCACCAAAGUGACCCCAGGGACCCCGGAGACUUUGGGGACCCCCCAAAAUGCCGUCGGGGAGACCCCGGAGACCCCCCAAAGCACCGGAGAAGGGACCCCCAGGACCCCCUGGAAGAUGAGGACGCGGAGCCCAGGAGGCACCACCGACGAGAGGACCCCAAAGACCCCCCAAAACGCCAUCGGGGAGACCCCAAGGACCCCCCAAAACACCACCGGGGUGACUCUGAGGACCCCCCAAAACGCCACCAAAGUGACCCCAGAGACACUCAGGACCCCCAAAAACGCCACCAAAGUGACCCCAGGGACCCCGGGGACUUUGGGCACCCCCUAAAAAGCCAUUGGGGUGACUCUGAGGACCCCCAGGACCCCCCAAAAUGCCUCCGAAGUGACCCCGGGGACCCUGAGGACUUCGGGCACCCCCCGAAACGCCACCGGGGCGACUCUGGAGACCCCCAGGACCCCCCGAAACGCCACCGAAGCGACCCCGGGGACCCUCCGGCCCCGCCGCCGUGCCCAGGUGUGCCCGGGGCUCACCUGUCGGAGCUGGGCUGGGCCCUGCUGCACUACCUGUCCUUCUGCCAGCGCGGCUCCUUCUCGCGGCUGGCGCGGCUGCAGCGGGAGCGGGCGGCGCUGCCCAUCGCCCGCUACCGGCACGAACUGGUGGCACUGGUGGCCCAGCACCAGGUGCUGGUGGUGGCCGGGGACACGGGCUGCGGCAAGUCCACCCAGGUGCCCCAGUACCUGCUGGGCGCCGGCUACAGCCAGGUGUGCUGCGCCCAGCCCCGGCGCGUGGCCUGCGCCGCCCUGGCGCGGAGGGUGGGGCUGGAGACCCUCGGCAGGUACCAGGUGGGUUUCCAGACGCGUUUCGAGCGCACCUGUGCCCGCGGCGCCCACCUGGUGUUCGUGACGCUGGGGCUGCUGCUGCGGCAGGUGCAGAGCGACCCCGCCCUGGGCAGGUACCAGGUGCUGGUGGCCGACGAGGUGCACGAGCGUCACCUGCCCGGGGACCUGCUGCUGGGGGCCCUGCGGCGCCUCUUACCUGCGCGCCCCGCCCUGCGCCUGCUGCUCAUGUCGGCCACCUGCGACCCCCACCUGUUCGCCAGGUACUUCGGGGGAGCCCCCGUGCUGCAGGUGCCCGGCCGGCUCCACCCCAUCAAGGUGCUGUACCAGCCCAUCCCCUCGGAGCCGGGGCAGCCUCACCUGGACGCGGGGCCGUACCUGCGGGUGCUGGAGGCCAUCGACGGGCGGGUCCCACCUGAGGAGCGCGGGGACGUCCUGGUUUUCCUCAGCGGGGCCGCCGAGAUCCAGCAGGUGCUGGGCCCCGCCCAGGUGUACGCCCGCCACACCCAGCGCUGGGUCGUGCUGCCCCUGCACAGCGGCUUACCUGCCGAGCAGCAGGACAAGGUGAGCAUGGGCGGGGUCACAGGUGUGUUUGGGGGUCACAGGUGUGUUUUUUGGGGUCACAGGUGUGUUCGGGGGGGUCGCAGGUGUGUGUUUGCACAGCAGCUCACCUGCCGAGCAGCAGGACAAGGUGAGCAUGGGCGGGGUCACAGGUGUGUUUGGGGGGGUCACAGGUGUGUGUUUGAGGGUCCCUGCACAGCAGCUCACCUGCCGAGCAGCAGGACAAGGUGAGCAUGGGCGGGGUCGCAGGUGUGUUUGGGGGUCACAGGUGUGUUUUUGGGGGUCACAGGUGU